AUGAGAACAAUUGAAUAUUUAGAUCACUUAAAGGUUUCAUUCCCAGAGUUGACUGAUCAAGUCGUAUUAUUAAGAGAUUACUAUAAUAACAAAUUAUGGCAUCAACUUACAGAACAAAUCAAAGUAUUAAUACAAUCACCACAAUUGUUGGCAAAGAAGGAAUUGGUCAAUCUCUAUGAAAUCUUUAUCAAAGACUUUGAAACUAGAAUGAAACCACUUAGUUUGGUUGAAAUUUGUAUUGUUAUUGCUCAACAAUUAGACAAUGAUGGAGCAAGAAAGUUUAUUGAACAAAUCUCACAAAAGGUUAAAAAGGAUAAAUCAGGUUACAUUUUAGCACUUGCUUUUAUCGCAUCGAUUCAUUUGAACUCACAAAACCAACAAGAAUGUAAAACUACCAUUGAAACUGCUAGAGAUGAAUUAAAGGGUGUAACUGGUUUGGAACCAAUUGUUUACUCUUCAUUUUAUAAAAUCUGUACUGAAUAUCAUAGACUUAAAAAUCAAGCAAGUGAAUUUUAUCAAAAUGCUUUAUUAUAUCUUUCAUAUUGUAAAUUGGAUACCAUGUCUGUUGACAAGCAAACUGCACUUGCCUUUGAUUUGGGUAUUGCUGCUUUAAUUGGUGAAGUUUAUAGUUUUGGUGAUUUGAUUACACAUCCAAUUCUUAAAUCAUUAGAAUCAACUCAAUCAGCAUGGUUAAUUCAAUUAUUAAAAGCAUUCAAUGUUGGAGAUAUUACUCAAUUUGAAAAUUUAACCAAUCAACAUCGUGAUUCCAUUGCAAAAAUUGAUGCAAUUGUUAAUAAUAAACAAAAAUUAUUACAAAAGAUUUCAAUCUUGUCAUUAUUGGAUCUUGCAUUUAGAACACCAUCGGAACAUCGUACUAUUGCAUUCAAAACCAUUGCACAAACUACCAAACUUCCAUUGGACGAUAUCGAACAUUUGUUGAUGAAGGCUCUUUCAUUGGGUCUCAUCAAGGGACACAUUGACCAAAUCGAUCAAACCGUUGCCAUUGCUUGGGUACAACCAAGAAUCCUAGAUCUCAACCAAAUUGCAACCAUGAAGGGUAAAAUCCUUGAUUGGACUUCAAAGGCUCAAACAUCUCUUAAUACUAUUGAAACUGAAACUGUUGAUUUAGUUGUCUAA